AUGACGACGACGCCAAGCUCCACCAGCAUAACCACCGGUGGUGCUGUGCAGACUAUGGAAGAGCUGCAAGCCAUGGCUGAGAAAGCGCGGGCGGAGGGUUGGCCUUCCUCGGCGGUUCGUGAGGUUUACAUUUCGUUCUUCGAGUUGAUGCAGCACAAGAGAUACGCGUCAUCUCCUGUCGUUCCCCAUGGAGAUAAUACACUUCUGUUUAUUAAUGCCGGUAUGAAUCAGUUCAAACCUGUCUUUUUGGGCCAGGUGGACAAGAAUUCCCCUUUGGGCCGCUUACGUCGUGUGGUUGACACACAAAAGUGCAUCCGGGCUGGAGGCAAGCACAAUGACCUGGAAGAUGUGGGGAAGGACGAGUACCAUCACACGUUCUUUGAAAUGCUGGGAAACUGGAGCUUCGGGGACUAUUUCAAAGAUGAAGCCAUUGAAUGGGCGUGGACGCUUCUAACCGAGGUGUACAAACUGCCCAAGGACAGGUUGUACGCAACGUACUUUGGUGGAGAUCCGAAGUUCCCGAGCUGUCCUCCGGACGAGAAAGCGAAGGCUAUUUGGCUUAAAUACCUACCUGCAGAAAGGGUUCUCCCGUUCGGAGCGAAGGAAAACUUUUGGGAGAUGGCGGAUGUAGGACCCUGCGGUCCAUGCACGGAGAUUCACUUUGAUCGAAUAGGUGGCCGCGACGCUGCGAGCUUGGUGAAUGAGGACGAUCCCUCGGUCCUCGAGAUCUGGAAUUUGGUAUUUAUGCAGUUCAACAGGGAAAACAGCCAAACUCUCACACCCCUACCUGCACCCUGCGUCGAUACAGGUAUGGGCUUGGAGCGCCUGGUUUCAGUGUUGCAGCAGAAGAAGUCAAACUACGACACGGAUCUAUUUUUGCCCCUUUUUGAGCGAAUUCACUCUUUCAACCCGAAGCUGCCACCGUACCAGGGGAAGGUAGGGGCAGCGGACAAAGACAAGAUAGACAUGGCUUACCGUGUCUUGGCGGACCACAUUCGGUGCUUAUCCGUGGCCAUCACUGACGGAGCCGAACCUUCGAACGAGGGACGGGGUUAUGUCUUGAGAAGAAUUCUCAGAAGAGCUAUUCGUUUUGCGAAACAAACACUCCAGCUACCUGACAAAAGCUUUCCACAGUUGGUGUCUUGCGUUUGCUCGUCCCUCGGUGCUGUUUUCCCGGAGCUUAUCCGCCGUCAAGAGAAGGUCGAACAGAUUCUUUCGAGGGAAGAACAACAAUUUGCUAAGACUCUGGAUAAGGCAAGUCCCGAACCACGCCCCGCCAACCUCGGUGUUGAGCGCUUCAAGAAGGUUGUCGCAUCGCUCUCUCCUGGGAGCAAGUUCCCCGGUGCUGAGGCGUUCACGCUCUACACCACCUACGGCUUCCCUUUGGACCUCACAGAGCUGAUGGCAGAGGAGGAAGGCAGGGCAGUUGAUGUUGAGGAGUUCAAAAAGAGGUUUGAGGAACAUCGUGCGGCAUCAGAAAACGCGAACUUCAAGGCCUUAGGUGGAGCCUCCGUCUGCCGUCUACCACCCGACCAGCACCACAAACUGGAGCUCGAAGGCGUGCCGCCAACGAAUGAUUCAUUCAAAUAUAAGUGGAACAUCGCACAGAAGUUUUAUGAUGCCGCGACAGAAACAUUUCCCCCGUGCACCUGUAAGGUCUACGCCAUAUGGAAUGGAUCCAACUUCAUGGACUCCGCCUUUGAGGAUGGUACAGUGGUGGGCCUAGUGCUUGACCGUACUCCCUUCUAUGCGGAGCAGGGAGGCCAGCUGGGUGACGAAGGGAUUUUGCAGUCUGGGACUGUGCGCUUCAAAGUCAGAGACACGCAAAAGAGUGGCAGCUAUGUCCUACAUAUAGGUUCAAUAUUCGGAUCGGGGACACUCAAGGUUGGCGAGGAGCUCGUUCCCCGGGUGAACUACGGACGCCGUUUUGGGCUUGCACAGCACCACACAGCAACGCACUUGUUGGGAGUCGCUUUAAAGCAGGUUCUGCUGCAGGACGGAGAGGGCAAGAAGGAGCCUGGAAAGCCUUGCAAGGCGAACGACAAGAUUGUUAAUGGAGAAGCUAAUGCAGACAAGAGAACUAUAAAGCAAAAAGGAUCUUUGGUCGAGGAGAAGCGACUUCGGUUUGACUUUGACUGGGAUGCACCUCUGACAAAUCAGCAGCUGGAAGCGAUUGAGCUCCAUGUUCAGAGAGCACUAGCUGGAUCCCUGCCAGUUUCAACUGCUGUGCUUCCCCUAAAAUCGGCACUCACUCUGCCUUCCCUCUGCGCGGUCUUCGGCGAGGUGUAUCCAGACCCAGUGAGAGUCGUAACGAUCGGUCCAGACACCGAAGAAAUUCUGAAAAUCAGAGAGACACAGGGAGAAGACAAAGUGAACACCAGUGUGGAACUGUGCGGAGGCACACAUCUUAGCAGCGCGGCACAGCUGGAGGACUUUGUGAUAAUAUCGGAGGAGAGCAUUGCCAAGGGCGUUAGGCGAAUUGUGGCGGUGGCUGGAGAGGCAGCAGUUAAUGCCAGAAAUGAACUCAGAGACGUCUGUCUGAGCCUGGCCAAUUUGGAAUGUGCAUCCCCGGCUUCUUCGCUUUUCGAAAAGGAGGUGCAGCAAGCGAAGUCCUUCGUAGAAGCCAACAAGACACUUCCGCUCCUGGGCAGGCGGAGACUCCUGGCUGAGUUGGAUCACAAACAGAAACUAGGGCUGGAACUAGGCAAGUUCCGUGCGAAGGAGUUGCUGCGUGUGGCGAAGUCCCUCGGACAGGGUGCAGCAGAGGCGGCCAAAGCUAAGAAAUUUGUCGUCAUCAAUAUGACACAACUCCAGGGUGACGGGAAAGCCCUUGAUGAAGCUGCAAAGGCGCUUCAAGCUGCUGCUCCAACAACUCCAUUUCUGCUUCUAACGGGUCUGGAGAGUCGUGGGACGUCUUGUAUUUGCUUCAGUCCCAAGGAAAGUCCGUUGGUGUCGUCCCAGUGGCUCAAUGCUGCCCUUAAGGAGCUUGGGGGGAAGGGAGGGGGGAAGGAAAGGUCUGUGGGUGCCGCCAAAGACGGUACUGAAAAAGGACUGGAGAAGGCCACAAGAGCGGCUGUACUAUUCGCAGAGGCUGCGCUGGAGUAA